GUGGAGGAAUGCUUGUCACCUACUCCUUUUAAGUUCUCUAAUCUCUCUAUACGCUUGUUCUAGCUUUUGAGAGAGGUAGAGAGCCCUUUUGAUCUUUGCUUGCUCUCUGCUUCAAUGGAGAGGCACAAAUGCAAGCUCUGUGCUAGAACUUUCGCUAAUGGCAGAGCUUUGGGUGGUCACAUGAAGGCCCACUUAGCCACCUUACCUCUCCCUCCAAAGGCUACUAUGGCGCCUCAGCAACAACCCGGAGACCGUACUGAGUCAGCAUCAUCUUCAUAUUCUUUCUCUGGUGAAGAACAGGAGCAAGAAAUCAAGAACAGAGAAGUUGAAGAGAAGGCUUUGAUUUAUGGGUUGAGAGAGAAUCCCAAGAAGAGUUUCAGGUUCGCAGAUCCUGAGUUCUCUUUUGCUGUUGAUGCUGGGUCUGUUGUUCAAGAUAGAGAAAGCGAGACUGAGUCAAGAAACCCAACUCGUAGACGAUCUAAAAGGACCCGGAAAUCGGGUUUUCCGGAGAAUCAGAAGCAGAAUUUCGAUGUCAAGAAACUUAAGUUGAAGAAUCCAAGUUCGGAGGAGUCGCCGGCAGAACCAGAACCGGUAAGUUCCGUGUCUGAUACUUCCCCUGAAGAAGAUGUUGCUAGGUGUCUUAUGAUGCUUUCAAGAGAUGUUUGGACGAGAAAUAAUGAAGAAAAAGAUCAAGAGCAAGAUAUAGAUGGAGAAAAAUCAAUUGGGAUGAUGUUGGAAGAGCAUGAGGACAUCAAAACCAGUAAGAUUCGUGGGAAGUUGAGAUGUGAAAAAUGUAAGAAACUGUUUCGAUCCUCACAGGCAUUGGGUGCCCACAAGAGGAUUUGCUCUCUAAAUGGAACAGAGCUAAGAAACAACGAAGGUAAUGAUAAAAUUUUCGAGUGUCCAUAUUGCUUCAAGCUGUUUGGUUCUGGACAAGCACUUGGCGGGCACAAAAGAUCGCAUCUCAUGGCUACUUCAAUCACUAAUGCUGUUGAAAAUUCUGCUAAACUUGACAACAAUCUCAUAGAUCUUAACUUGCCAGCUCCAACAGAAGACGAUGAAUUUAGUGUGGUCUCUGAUGCCUAAUAGCUCUUACUCCUUGUGAGAUCUAAUCCCAUAUAAUUAAUUUUUUGGUUUUGUGUAACUGGAUCAUUCAAGUGGGUUAUCUUCUCUGUAGCUAUAGAUUUUUUUUUUUUUUUACUUUUGAUCCUUAUUGCAUAGAUCAAUGCUUCUUCUUUAUUUUUUGUUUUUCUCUAGAUUUUGCAUUGGUUACUCCCAUUCAUGGCUGACCUGACUACAUUAAAUUCAUUUCAUUGUGUUCUCCGCAA